AAUAGCUCAACUCAUUUUCACUUCAAAUGCAUCUUUCACAUUAAAACAGUUUUUCCACAAUAACAUAAGAGAAAAAAAUGACACACAAAGUUGUUUUGUCUCUCCUCCCUUUUCUCCUGCUCUUGUUGAUUAAUGGAGAAGGAAGCUUUGCUAGAUAUAUAAAACUUCCACAAGAGAAUGUAGAAGAAAAACAAGUUGAUCAGUCUUAUCUUGAUGGUUGGCUCAAAAAUCCAUUGAAGAACCAAAAACUCAUUUCUAACUUCAACCAAGUUUAUCUUGAUGGAUGGUUGAAAGAUACUCGAUCUGAGAGCGCAAAAUCCACCCUUGACGCCAAUCAAGUUUACCUUGAUGGGUGGUUGAAAAAUACCAGAGCUGAGAAAGAAAAAUCUAACCCUGACUACAACCAAGUUUACCUUGAUGGAUGGUUGAAAGAUACCCGAGCUGAGAAAGCUAAAUCUACAGUUGAAUCCAACCAAGUUUAUCUUGAUGGAUGGUUGAAAGAUAACAAAGCUGAGAAAGUAAAGUCUGCACCUACAUCCAACUAAGUUUACCUUGAUGGAUGGUUGAAAGAUACUCGAGGGGAGAAAGAAAAAUCCACCUCUGACUCUAACCAAGUUUACCUUGAUGGAUGGUUAAAAGAUACUCGAGUAGAGAAAGCAAAAUCCACCUCUGACACCAACCAAGUUUACCUUGAUGGAUGGUUGAAAGAUACCCGAGCUGAGAAAGCUGAAUCCAACCAAGUUUAUCUUGAUGGAUGGUUGAAAGAUAUCAUAACUGAGAAAGAAAAGUCUGCCCAUAAUUCAAACCAAGUUUACCUUGAUGGAUGGUUGAAAGAUUCCCGAGCAAAGAAAGAAAAAUCUACCUCUGACUCCAACCAAGUCUUCCUUGAUGGAUGGUUGAAAGAUACUCGAGCAGAGAAACCAAAAUCUACAUCUGUCUCCAACCAAGUUUAUCUUGAUGGAUGGUUGAAAGAUACUAGAGCUGAGAAAGCUAAGUCCACCCCU